UUCACCCUCACUUCUUUUUCUUCGCCUUCGUCUUGGCUUCACCAAACCCUAAACCCUAACAUCGUUCAGAACGAUGUCGUCCCAGGUCUUCUCUCGGGUUUUCCCCAAAACCCUAACCUUAUCUUCCUUCUUCUCUCGCUCCAUCUCCACCGUACCUCCCUCCCUCUCCGCCCUCUCUUUCCUCCGCCGCCUCCGCCCUCUCUCCGCCGUCGCCCCCUCCCUACGCCACCACAUCUUCCCCUCCCUCCGCUUGUUCUCCACACGCGCCACGUCGUCCUCCCUCAAUGACCCCAACCCCAACUGGUCCAACAGACCCCCCAAAGAAACCAUCUUGCUCGAUGGGUGUGACUUCGAGCACUGGCUCGUCGUCGUGGAGAAGCCCGAAGGCGAUCCCACCAGAGAUGAAAUCAUCGACAGCUACAUCAAAACUUUGGCCAAGGUUGUCGGAAGUGAAGAAGAAGCUAGGAUGAAGAUAUAUUCGGUUUCAACUAGACACUAUUUUGCAUUUGGGGCACUUGUAUCUGAGGAGAUUUCCUACAAAAUUAAAGAAUUGCCCGGGGUUCGGUGGGUCCUUCCUGAUUCAUAUUUGAAUGUUAGGGAAAGGGAUUAUGGAGGUGAGCCCUUUAUAAAUGGGCAAGCAGUUCCUUAUGAUCCCAAGUAUCAUGAGGAGUGGGUUAGGAACAAUGCUCGUGCUAAUGAGAGGAACAGGCGCAAUGACAGGCCUCGUAAUGCUGACAGGUCAAGAAACUUUGAUAGGAGGAGGGAAAAUAUUGUGAACAGAGACAUGCAAGGUAGGCCUCCUCCUAUGCCAAAUGCUGGCCCUAAUAUGGCUGGUGCACCUCCAAGCAAUGCAGGUGGAUUCCCUCCCAACAAUGCAGGUGGAUUCCCUCCCAACAAUGCAGGUGGUUAUGGUCCUCCCAGCAACCCAGGUGGAUAUGCCCCUCCUCCCAGCAACCCAGGUGGAUAUGCCCCUCCUAAUGCAGGUGGGUAUGCUCCUCCAAGCAACAUGGGUGGGCCCCCUCCGAGCGGCCCAGGUGGUUAUGGCCCUCCAAAUGCAGGCGGAUAUAGUCCUCCCAAUGCAGCAGGUGGUUAUCCUCCCCCUAACAUGGGUGGAGCCCCUCCUCCUAAUAUGGGCAGACCCCCUCCUCCUAAUGCUGGGUAUGGUCCCAUGGGUGGUAUGCCGAAUAACUACACUGGCAACACAGGAGGGAUGCCACCAAAUCAGAACAUGGGAGGGUUUCCACCAAAUGCAGGAUGGUCAAAUAAUACUCCCAAUAGAGACACACCGAACAGGGAUGUAGGAGGAGCAGCUGGCGGGAACCCAUAUAAUGCAUGAGAUGUGAUAUGCAGAGAUUCUUGUUGCCAUUGUAGAUAAUAACGAAGAAUGGUGUCCAAGACAACGUAAGAGUUUAUGUCAUGUUUCUGAAGGAAUUAGAAUUUGUUAGUCUUCUUUUAUUGUUACUCGUACUCUACUUGCUAAUGAACCUGCAUGUUUUAUAUUUUAAGUUACAAUUUUUGAAGCUUAGAUAUGAUCAUUUUGUAUGGGAAUCUUAAGUCUAAUUUGUUAUAUGAUUUGCAGGCGUAUUUAAUGGGUAAUAAUAAAUGUUUAGUGUCUUACAGAGUCUUUAUUAUCCAAAACAGCAGAAAUAUGGUAGAAGCUGCUGGUU